AUGUACGCCCCCAAACUCAUUCUCUUUUUACACAUGAUUCACUCCGCCGGCUCUCCCCUCCUCCUGAGCACCCAGUCCUUUCGAGUAUUCUGCCAUGGGGUUAUUCCACCGCUCGUUCACGAAUCCGUCAGAAAUUGUAAUCCUGCGAAAAGUUUCAGGUACGAGACCCGAAACGUCUCGGCUCGACCCGCUGAAUUCCUCCGGCAGAUUGUUGCUUCUGAAAUAUAUUAUCCACAGCAACCUGCGAAUAUAUAUAUACCUCCCACUGAAGCCUCAUUACAUCCUUGCCCUUGCUCAUCAUUCCAGUGCCCUGUGGAAUUUUCCAUUUGUGACAUCAUGUCAGCGCUCAAAAAAAAUUCCAGAUUUCAGAGGUUUUUGGAAUUUCAGUUUGUCGUCUUCUGCACAUUGGUCAUCUGUGAUGUUGAGUGUGGUCUUUCAUUGAUUCUCUUGCAGAAUGCCCACGAGAAAAUCUCAGGCUUGUAUAUGGUGACAUCCUUACAGUGGAACUGGCUACAAAGCCCCUGCACCCCACCUCAACUGGGCGCACUUGAUCCAGCCUCGCUCCUCUGCUUCAACUGCAAGGCUGGCAUAUCGCAGCCUUUUCCAUUCGUAAGCCUCAUCCACAGCAUCCUCCCAGGGGACUGUCAGCUCGAUGAUAAAGACAGGAGUUGGACCAAAGGACCAGAUCAGGCCUCAGGUUGGUCAUUGCAAUUUCAGACGGGAAGGUAAGUUCCGGCCUAAAUCAACACGCAUUUCCCAGUCCUUGGCUGAACUCAGCGGGCAUGAGUCGUGAGGUGGGGGGUUAGCCCCCAGUUUCUCUCCUUCAGGAUGAAGGAUGGUAGUUGUGGGACCGUUGUCUGGGCAUUGAGAGGCCUGGCAUUGGUGGUUACUCUAUAAAACUCUAGCUAAGCCACCCCUGGAGUACUGUGUCCAGUUCUGGUCGCCUCAGUAUAGGAAGGAUGUGGAAGCAUUGGAAAGGGUACAAAGGAGAUUUACCAGGAUGCUGCCUGGUUUAGAAAGUACGCAUCAUGAUCAGAGAUUAAGGAAGCUAGGGCUUUACUCUUUGGAGAGGAGGAUGAGAGGAGACGUGAUAGAGGUGUACAAGAUAUUAAGAGGAAUAGACAGAGUGGACAGCCAGCGCCUCUUCCUCAGGGCACCACUUCUCAGUUCAAGGGGACAUGGCUUUAAUUUAAGGGGAGGGAAGUUCAAGGGGGAUAUUAGAGGAAGGUUUUUCAUUCAGAGUGGUUGGUGCGUGGAAUGCACUGCCUGAGUCGGUGGUGGAGGCAGAUACACUAGUGAAGUUUAAGAGACUAUUAGACAGGUAUAUGGAGGAAUUUAAGGUGGGGGAUGUGAGGGAUAUGGGAUGCAGGGUUUGAGGGCCUGUACAACAUUGUGGGCCGAAGGGCCUGUAAUGUGCUGAACUAUUCUAUGUUCUAUAUCCUUCCUCAAGUAUGGAGACCAGAACUGUACACUGUACUCCAGGUGCGGCCCCACCAGUACCAUGUAUAGAUGCAGCAUGACCUCCUUUGUUAACCUUCUCUGCACUCUUUCAACCUUAUUAAUGUCCUUCCUGUAAUUAGGUGACCAAAACUGUACACAAUACUCCAAAUUCGGUCUCACCAAUGUCUUGUACAAGCUCACCAUAACAUUCGAACUCUUAUACUCAAUACUUUGAUUUAUAAAGGCCAAUGUACCAAAAGCUCUUUUUACUACCCUAUCUACCUGUGACGCCAAUUUUAGGGAAUUUUGUAUCUGUAUUCCUAGAUCUCUCUGUUCUACUGCAUUCUUCAGUGUCCUACCAUUUACCUUGUAUGUUCUACCUUGGCUUGUCCUUCCAAAAUGCAACACCUCACACUUGUCUGCAUUAAACUCCAUCUGCCAUUUUUCAGCCCAUUUUUCCAGCUGGUCCAGAUCCCUCUGCAAGCUUUGAAAACCUUCCUCACUGUCCACUACACCUCCAAUCUUUGUGUCAUCAGCAAAUUUGCUGAUCCAAUUUACCACAUUAUCAUCCAGAUCAGAUGACAGAUAACAAUGGACUCAGCACUGAUCCCUGUGGCACACCACUAGUCACAGUCCUCCACUCUCUGAUUUACUGAAUCAACUUCCACUUCCCUCUCCCCUGCCUGCUACCACCACCAAAAGCUUACUGUUCAGAGGGAGAAUUGCAGAAGAUGUAAGUUGCCUCAUGGGCUGUCGAGAUGAGAGCCUUGUUGCACAGUUAGUACAUAGCCUCAGUCAAGUCUCCACAGAUCAUAUGCAAGUACAAUUGUAUUAUUUUCUGAUUGGCAAAGGGGGUUAAAAACAUAUUUUUGAGUGCUUUUCCAGGUAACCAUGAAACAACACAAGAAUGACUAAAGAGCAUUUUAGUUAUCAAGACGUGUAUUCAGCAGCUCAACCAGAAAUGAAGUGCUGCUGUGGAGGUGAAGCAGUGUGUGUAAGGCAUGCCAAUGAAUCCAAGAAACACAGCAGAAUGAAUAAAAGAUCUGGAAAUGUUAACACUAAGUAUUUCAAUGUAUGUUUUGAUGUA